AGUAAUUUAUGCGAAACGAUACCAACGCUGGUCGCGUAAAAGUGAAUUGUCUUUGACAACUAAUAUAUUAUGUACGUAUUUUAAUUGUCUUCUCUUGUGUAAACCCAAGGUAAGCUACGCAAAUGCCGUUAUUUGUACACGAUUGUACUGGGAAUUUUAAGCAUCUUUAGUGAAAUAUUGUUUGAUUAAGCUCAAGAGAAUGUAUAAGUUCUGACGUAUUUAAGUUUUUUAAUAUUUCCUUAAAAAUCUACUAAAAACUAGUUAUGGCUAUAAACUUAUCUCAGAAACAGAUAGGCAAAAAGUUUUCAUUAAAGCUGAAUAGUAAGUUUGAUAAUAAGCAAGUUCAAAACAGAUGGAGCCGUGAAAUAUAACUAUCGAGGAGAACGUCGCAAAACUACAAAACGACAAGAAGGUCCACGGAUACGUAUAGGUAUAGGUAAAGAAACGCCAGCAACGUGUUUUGAUGAUCCUUGACAGCAAGAAUAUCAAGUAUAACGUAGUGGACAUCACAGAACCAGGAAAAGAAAGCGAAAAAGAGUUAAUGCAGACAAAGUCCACUAGUAAUGGGGCGACAGUUAGCGAUCCCGAGCCACGGCACGCACUGCCACCGCAAAUAUUCAACGAAGAAGAAUAUUGCGGCGAUUAUGAUGCGUUCGAUUUGGCCAACGAAAUAGAUACGUUGGAGCAGUUCUUGAAGUUGGCUCCAGCCGAUACAACAUCUGUUUCCAGUGCACAGCUAGAGCUAAAGCAGGAAAACGGCGAAGUGAAAGCACCAGCAUCAGCUGAAGAUGAUGAGAAUAAAGAAAAUAAAGAGACUGCCGAGGAAAAAAACGACGGUGAAGAAGGCGGUAAAGCGGCUGAUGUCAGUGAAGCAGUUGCCGGCGCUGAUGAGACCGCUAAUGGCGAGGGCGAGAACAAGAAUGCUGAGAAAGAACAAAAAGAAGAUAAGCAGGAUAUCGAAACGGCUGCAAAUGAUUCAGUUGGGGAAAAGGAUGAAGGAGAGGCGAAGGAAAGCAAUGAUGAACAGCUUGAACAGAAAGCUUUGGAUGGGGAGGCAAAACGGAAAGACAACGAAGAGGACUCAAGCGAGAUGGAAGAAACAGUAGCAAAGGCUGUAGAUGGAAAAGAGAAAAGUAUAAAUGCAGAACCGGAAAAGAAGGAUGAAGCCGGAGUGGAAGAAAUAAAAGACAAGUUCAACGGAAAAUCUGAAAACAAGUUAAUCGAAGAAAGUGAGGACGCAGAGGUUGAAAAUAAUACAGAAAUUAAAAAAGCCGGAGAAAACACGGAAACUGGAGAAACUGUGAAUGAAGAGAAUAAUAAGGCAGAAAAUGAAGUGGAAGAAUCAAAUACUUCAAAAGUAGGUAUAGAUGAUAAUGAUCAAGAAGAUGAAAAUAACAAAGUGGAAGAUGAGGAAGAAAAUGUAAGUAAACAUGAGGAAGAGACGAAACUGAAUAGUCAGGAAUCGGAAAACACGGUAGUUGCUGAACAAGGAGACUCGAGCAGAGAUGAAAGUGGCACGCGAGAUGAGCAAGAAAAAAACGAAGAAGUCGAUGAAAGUAAAGCGGAUAAAGAGAAGGAAGAUGGCGAUGAGAAAGAAAGUGAAGAAGUCGAUGAAAGCAAAGCGGAUAAAGAGAAGGAAGAUGAAAAUGAGGAAGAAAAGAAAGAAAGUGAAGAAGUCGAUGAAAGUAAAGCGGAUAAAGAGAAGGAAGAUGAAAAUGAGGAAGAAAAGAAAGAAAGUGAAGAAGUCGAUGAAAGUAAAGCGGAUAAAGAGAAGGAAGAUGAAAAUGAGGAAGAAAAGAAAGAAAGUGAAGAAGUCGAAGAUAGUGAAAAGCAUAGUCGAGUUGACCUUGAAAAGGAUGAGAAAUUAGAAAAUCUAGAAGAUACGCCAAUGGCGAAAGAAGAGAAAAUAAAGAGUGAAGAAUCUGAAAAAGAAAUUGAAGCGAUUGACUUAACGGAAGGCAAAAAAAGCAAUGAAAAGGAUGCGGAACCAGUCAGCGAAGACUGAAAGAAAAACGAAACGGGUGAAUAAGAUGAAAAUAAAGAAUAGAACGAAUAAGCAAAACGUAAUCUUAAUUUUAUUCGUUAUAUUUAUUCAUUAAAAAUAUUCCUUCCUUGGUUACAGAAUUUAUAACAGUUUUUUUAUUUUCUUAAAUUAUCUGGGUAUACGGUUACACUCGCUGUGGCCUGUAGUAAUUAAUAUAAUUAGUCUCUUUAUUUCACAUCCAACAAAUUAUGUAGGGAUGCAUAGGUAUUUGACCAUUCGUCAGUUUGAGUUAUUAACGUUCAUUGGCAAAACGCAUUGAUUGACAGUCGGGUCUCAGCUUGAAGUUUCCGCUAACUCCAGAGUGGAAGAAUUAUUUCAUUUAUGCCUAUGUUUUUUGUACUUAUUACGAUCAUCAUCACGGCAAAUAGUCAAUAUUGAGUAAGAACGUAAUUGUAUUCAUUUGUAAUAAAUAUUAAACAUAUUCAAUAUUUA